UAACAAGCGACUUGUGGCCUUAGUGCCAAAUGACACUUCAUUCAACACCAGACGAGCCUACACCAGCGAAGAUGAAGCCUGGAAGUCGUAUUUGGAGAAUCCCCUAACAGCAGCUACCAAGGCUAUGAUGAGCAUAAAUGGUGAUGAGGACAGUGCUGCUGCUCUUGGCCUAUUGUAUGACUAUUAUAAAGUUCCCAGAGAUAAAAGGCUGUUGUCUGUUAACAAAGUGAGUGAUAAUCAAGAAGACCAAGAUAAAAGAAAUUGUCUUAAUACCACAGAAGCUCAGAGUAAUUUAAGUGCGGGAGAGAACCGCGUGCAAGUCCUGAAGACGGUGCCGGUUAACCUUUCCUUGAACCAAGAUCCUUUGGAGUCGUCCAAAAGGGAAUACAACACAAACGUGUCUGGGAGCUCAACGCCCAUCACGGGGACUGGAGUGACUGUGGUUAAAGCAGAGGAGUUCACCCCUGUUUUUUUGACGCCACAAGCACACUAUACAAGAGGAGAAAAUGAAGAGCACAGAGGGGUUAUCUUUGAACCGUAUGAAGUGUCCAACAUUGCUCCCCACACAAAUUAUCUCAAAGAUGACCAGCGUAGUACUCCGGACAGUACAUACAGUGACACCUUCAAAGAUGGAGGAACAGAAAAGUAUCGCAGUGUGUCAGUGGGGGCUGAAGAAUAUAUUUAUGAACAAACAAGUAGCACUUUUCAGUAUACACUAGAAGCUACCAAAUCUCUGCGUCAAAAGCAAGGGGAGGGGCCCAUGACCUACUUGAACAAAGGACAGUUCUAUGCCAUCACCUUGAGCGAGACGGGUGACAACAAAUGUUUCCGGCAUCCCAUCAGCAAAGUCAGGAGCGUGGUCAUGGUUGUUUUCAGCGAGGAUAAAAACAGAGAUGAACAGCUGAAAUACUGGAAGUACUGGCAUUCUCGGCAGCACACAGCCAAACAGAGGGUCCUUGACAUUGCUGAUUACAAGGAAAGUUUCAAUACCAUUGGGAAUAUUGAAGAAAUUGCAUUCAAUGCUGUGUCCUUUACUUGGGAUGUCAAUGAGGAAGCAAAGAUUUUCAUCACAGUGAAUUGCUUGAGCACAGACUUUUCCUCGCAAAAAGGAGUAAAAGGGCUUCCUUUGAUGAUUCAAAUUGACACGUACAGCUACAACAACCGCAGCAAUAAACCCAUCCACCGAGCCUACUGCCAGAUCAAGGUUUUUUGUGACAAG